UGGGUUAACUGGAUGAGUUUAUACUUUCACUUUCACUUCCUUGUUAUCUGUGACCAUAAAAUGGCGGAGUCUGCAAAAACUCUCGACAGAGGAAUCAAGAAGACCAGCAGCUAUGAAUUAUUGCCUCCUGAAAUGUCUGAGGAUCCUCCAGAGAUGAGGAUUGUUCUUCUGGGGAGGAAUGGCAGAGAGAAGAGCAUUGUGGGAAACAUCCUCCUGAACAGAGAGGCGUUUGAUCUCAACUAUGUUCUGCACCAGACUGAGAGAGCCAGGGGACUGGUGGAGGGAAGACGCUUCACUGUGGUCAUCACUCCAGACCUGUUACACCCAGAUAUCUCUCAUGAUAAACUGUCAGAGGAACUGCAGCAGUGUGUGACUCUGUCUGCACCUGGACCUCAUGUGCUCCUCCUGCUGGUGACACCUGAAGAGUUCACUGAAGAUGAGAGGGACAGAAUCAGACACUUGCUUGAUUCUAUUAGUGGAAAGUCCUGUGACUGCUCAAUGGUGGUAGUAACUGCUGAACGAGACAGAAGACAAGACUUGGAAUCCUGUGAGGAUAUAAAUCCCCAGGUACAGCAAUUGAUUGGAGAAUUUAGAUCGAAAUACUUCAAGUUCAAACAAUCUGUCGACCACACCGAACUUAUAUCAAGUAUAGACAAGAUUGUGGAGGAGAACAGAGGAGGACAACUCACCUGUGAGCUUCAUGAAAAGUCUACAGGAGGAGCAACAACAGAGAGAGGAGCAGAAGCAGAAGAGAGGAGUUGGGGGGAUGAGAGAGGAGCGGGUGAAUAUGGUGAACGUGGCAUGGCUGUUGAGAGAGGAAUGAGGAAGACCAACAGCUCUGAGUUAUUGCCUCCUCUCAUGUCUGAGGAUCAUCCAGACCGGAGGAUUGUACUUCUGGGGAGGAACGGCAGAGCGAAGAGCAUUAUGGGAAACCUUCUCCUGGGUACAGAAGGAUUUCAUCCUAACUAUUCUCAACAGACUCAAAUAAUCAGUGGACAAGUGGAGAGAAGACGCUUCACUGUGGUCAACACUUCAGACCUGCUACACCAAGAUAUCUCUGAUAGAAAACUCUCAGUGGAACUGCAGCAGUGUGUGACUCUGUCUGCACCUGGACCUCACGUGCUCCUCCUGGUGGUGACUCCUGAAGAGUUCAUUGAAGAAGAAAGUCGCAGGUUAACAUAUAUCCUUAACUCCCUCAACAGUCAGCAGUCAUUUGAUUUCUCAAUGAUGAUGAUAGUUAAUGCAGAUAACAUAGGAAAACCAAUGGAAACCUAUAUAGCAGAAAAUUCCUUGUUCUCUCAAAUGGUCAAGAAAUGUAGAGGAAGGUACUUUCAGCUGAAGAGCCUUGAUGAUAAAACUGAACUUCUAGCUAAAUUAGAGGAGAUUGUAAGGGCCCAUGGAGGAGAUCACCUUGCCUGUGAUCGGUUUGAAGAUGCUGCAAGUGGCACAACCGAGGAAGCAGCAAAACAUCAGGAGAAUUGGGAGACAGUGAGAAACGUUGGGGUGUCCAUCAUUCAAGGCAGUAUUGGGCAGUCAUCAGUCAGUACAAGAAGUUGUCAAAUUAGGAUUGUGCUGUUGGGGACGAGUGAUGACAAGCAGACAUCAGCUGGAAACUUCAUUCUAGGGAAGAAUUCCUUUACAAAGUUUAGUCCCACCAUGGUCUUCUCCACUAACACAUGUGUAUCAGCCAGUGCACAUGUGAAGGGCAAGAAAACAACUGUUGUGAAGACACCAGACCUCUGUAGUCCAAAAUUGACAGCAGACGGUCUGAUGAAGGAGAUGGAGAAGUGUUUGUCCCUGUCUGCUCCUGGUCCUCAUGUAUUCUUACUGCUGCUGAAACCAGAGGAGUUCACAGAAGAGAACAACAAAAGAUUAAGGUGGAUCCUGAGCCUGUUUGGUAAAGAUGCUUUCAAACACUCUCUGGUGAUCACAACACAUGAAGGAGAGGGAAGAAAUCUCUGUGUGACUCAGAUCAUCAAAGAUUGUGGAGGACAUCAUUACAAAAUGACACAUGGAGGUGACCAUUCACAGUUAACAAAUAAGAUAGAGGAGAUGGUGAGAAGGAAUGGGUGGAGAUACCUGAAACAUGAUGAAGAGACACCACAGUCAGAGGGUAACAUUCCUAGAAUGAACUUGGUCCUGUGUGGGAGGAGAGGAUGUGGGAAGACUUCCACAGCCGACACCAUACUGGGUCAGAGAGAGACCAGGCCAGAGUCUCUCUCCUCAGCAGUGUGUGUGAAGAGAGAGGGAGAGGUGUGUGGACGCUGGCUGACCCUGGUGGAGAUGCCUGCUCUGUGUGGACCAACACUCACUCAGGAGGAAGUGAUGCGUGAGACUCUCCGCUGUGUCUCUCUGUGUGACCCUCCUGGAGUCCAUGCUUUCCUCCUGGUGGUGCCUGUGGGUCCACUCACUGAUGAAGACAAGGGAGAGCUACAGAAACUCCAGGAAUUCUACGGCUCACAAAUCAGUAACUUUGUCUUGGCUGUACUCACUCAUGAUCUUCAAGCAACAAAUGAUGAAUUGAUGGCUGUAUUGAAUCGCAAUGAAAGCUGUGUUGAUCUCCUACAGUCAUGUGGAAAAGGGAAUCAAUUUUUUAAUGACACACAAGUCCGCCAGCUCCUAGAGAAGAUAGAAAAGAAGAUGGCUGGUGACAGCUGCUUCAGUCUUGAGAUGUAUAUGAAGUUGCAGUUGGAGAAGAACUCGAAAGAAUUUCUGAAGAGGAUUAAUGAGCUGGAGAACCAGACCAAAAACAUACAGACAGGUUCCCAGAAGAGCAGCCUUGAAGAGUGUGUGAGGGUGGUGCUGAUUGGGAGGACAGGAAGUGGAAAGAGUGCAACAGGAAACACCAUUUUAGGGAAAAAUAAGUUCAUUUCUCAAACAAGUUCAACAUCUGUGACAGCUGUGUGCCAGAAGGAAACAGAAAUGGUAGAUGGCAGGUCUGUUGCAGUAGUCGACACUCCAGGCCUGUUUGAUACAACUUUCUCUAAUGAUCAAGUUCAAGAGGAGAUAGUGAAAUGUAUCAGCCUUUUAGCUCCAGGUCCUCAUGUCUUCUUACUGACAGUACAGAUUGGAAGAACCACAAAAGAAGAAAAAGAUACGUUGGAUCUCAUCAAGAGAAACUUUGGGAAAAAUGCAGGCAUCUACAGUAUUGUCUUGUUCACAAGAGGCGAUGAUCUUCAGGAAGAUCAGUCAAUCGAGAGUUACAUUCAAAGAGCUGAUGUGAUGAAGAAACUGAUCCAGGAUUGUGGAGGCAGGUACCAUGUCUUCAAUAACAAAGACAAGAACAACCAUGGCCAGGUCAGGGAGCUGAUGACAAAGAUAGAUGAGAUGGUGAAGAAAAAUGGAGGAGGUUGUUAUACCAACGAGAUGUUCCAGGAGGCUGAAGCUGCCAUCAAACAAGAAAUUGAUCAAAUACUGAAACAGAAAGAAAAAAGAGAUGGAGAGAGAAAAGAAUCAACUUAAAACCAAACACGAGGAGGAAAUGAAUGAAAUGAAAAAAAGAAUGGAGGAACAGAGACUUGAGGUUAAGAACGAGAGAAAACAGAAGGAGGAAGAGUUACAAAGAAAAGCAGAUGAAAUCAAAAAAAUUGGUAAAGAAAUAC